UGGAGGAGGACGAAUCUCCUUAAAGGACGACAAAAAUCUGCUGGGUCAUAUGUCGGAGUAAAUGUGGGCCGGCGGGACCGUCAGUGGCUCAACAUGCACCGAGUAACGGGGAAUAUAAGCGGGGAGAAUUUAAUAGAGAUGAACCUGUCAGACUCUUUCAGCGAGGAGAACAAUGGUUAUCAUGUCCAUCAUUCAUCCAGCAGAGGCUCCUCCCAACAACAAUCAGGGUCUCUGUUAAUGCUCGACAAGUGUGUUGAGAACUGUGAUUCGCUGAGCGCCAGCCUGGCCUCACUGGCUGCCUCUGAGCAUAGCAACAGUCCAGAGCGUGGGCCUCAGACGUUAGAGCAAAUCAGUGCUUUGACUGGGGUUGACAAACAGCAGCAGAGUAAAGACUCUGUGUUCUUCCGAGAUGGAGUGCGAAGGAUUGAUUUUGUUCUCUCGUAUGUUGACGAUAAGGAUGGUGAGAGGAAACAGGAGAGGAGGAAGGAGUAUGAGGCUAAUCUGUUGAAAGCUGGCUUGGAGCUGGAAACAGAAGACAAGUCGGAGUCAGAUGAUGGAAAGACAUUUUUCUUAAAGAUCCAUGCUCCAUGGGAAGUGUUGGCCACCUAUGCAGAUGUGCUGAAGAUCAAAGUUCCGUUCAAAGCCAGUGACAUCCCAAACAACAGUGAGAUGCCCAUGAACUGGCUUUCUACCCCUUUUCGUCUACCGGAGCAAAUCAUGCAUCCUGAGCCAGACUAUUUUACAGCUCCCUUUGACAAGAGCAAAUCUGACUUUUUCCUGAUCGAUGACAAAGAUACCUUCUUUCCUCCUUCUACACGCAACAGGAUUGUCUAUUAUAUUCUGUCUCGCUGUCCAUACCAGAAGGUGGAAUGUGCUGAUAAAGACAAAAAAGGAAUCAAGAGGCUGCUCAACAAUGGCACCUACACUGCUGCCUUCCCUUUACAUGACUGUAGAUACUGGUUGAAAUCAAAGGAUCUCAACUGUGAAAGUGAGAGAUACAAUCUCUAUAAACACUGGGCCAGAUUUCUUUAUUUCUUCAAGGAGCAACCCCUCAACCUUGUGAGAAAGUAUUAUGGAGAGAAGAUAGGUAUUUAUUUUGCUUGGCUGGGAUUUUAUACGGAGAUGCUGCUGUUUGCUGCGGUAGUCGGUGUAAUCUGUUUUAUCUACGGAUUUCUCACUUACGACGACAAUGAGUGGAGUAAAGAAAUAUGUAAUGAGGAGAUUGGUGGCAACAUUGUCAUGUGUCCACUGUGUGACAAAAAAUGUGGCUACUGGAAGCUCAUUUCAACAUGUAACUCAUCAUGGCAGUCGCACCUGUUUGACAAUGUGGCAACUGUGUUUUUUGCCAUAUUCAUGGGGAUAUGGGUGACAUUGUUUCUGGAGUUCUGGAAGAGGCGGCAGGCCCGUCUUGAAUACGAGUGGGAUCUGGUUGACUUUGAAGAGGAGCAACAGCAGUUGCAGCUUCGGCCAGAGUACGAGACCAAAUGCACCAAUCGCAGGCUGAACCGAGUCACUCAGGAAAUGGAGCCUUACUUACCUGUAACAAGCAAGUGUGCACGCAUGUGCCUCUCUGGAGCCACUGUCCUAUUCUGGAUCUCAUUGAUCAUUGCCUGCAUCAUUGGGGUGAUUGCGUACCGUCUGGCGGUAUAUGCUGCUUUUGCCAGCAUCAUGAAGGACAGUCCCACCAACAACCUGCAGGUAGUGGGCUCCCUCAUCACACCCCAGCUGGCAACCUCUGUCACCGCCUCGUGCAUCAACUUUAUCAUCAUUAUGAUCCUCAACCUCAUGUAUGAGAGAGUGGCUGUUUGGAUCACUGACAUGGAAGUUCCCAAGACGCACCUGGAGUAUGAGAACAAAUUGACUGUGAAGAUGUUCCUAUUCCAGUUUGUGAACUACUACUCCUCCUGCUUCUAUGUGGCUUUCUUCAAGGGCAAGUUUGUUGGCUAUCCUGGAAGUUAUGAGUACAUGUUUGGCAAAUGGAGCAAACUGAGGAAUGAAGAGUGUGACCCCGGUGGCUGUCUGAUUGAGUUAACCACCCAACUAGUCAUAGUGAUGACUGGUAAACAGGUGUGGGGCAACAUCCAGGAGGCUCUGGUCCCGUGGCUGAUGAACUGGUGGGGCAGCAGGAAGGCCCGGAGUCAUCCCGAGAGUCUGUACAGCCGCUGGGAGCAGGACCAUGACUUGCAGGGCUUUGGACAACUUGGCCUGUUCUACGAGUACCUGGAGAUGGUGAUCCAGUUUGGUUUCAUCACAUUGUUUGUCGCCUCAUUCCCCCUUGCACCCUUGCUGGCCCUCAUCAACAACAUUAUUGAGAUUCGAGUGGAUGCCUGGAAGCUCACCACACAAUUCAGACGGCCGGUCGCAGCAAAAGCCCAUAGCAUUGGAGCCUGGCAGGAAAUCCUCAACGGGAUUGCCAUCCUCUCUGUGGUCACAAAUGCAUUCAUUGUGGCCUUCACCUCUGACAUGAUUCCUCGGCUUGUGUACAUGUACGCUUACCAGCCAGAGGGGGAGCUCAAUAUGAAGGGCUACAUAAACAACAGUCUGUCGGUGUUCAACGUCUCUGAGAUCCCACUGCCCAACAGGCCAGAAGAAGGAGAAAACCCCAGCUGGUUCAACAGCUCCAUCACUACAUGCAGAUAUCGUGAUUAUCGCUAUCCUCCUGGCCAUGAGAAGCAGUACUUCCAUACUAUGCAGUUCUGGCACAUCUUGGCUGCCAAACUGGCUUUUGUCAUUAUCAUGGAGCAUGUUGUAUUCAUGGUCAAGUUCUUUGUGGCCUGGAUGAUUCCUGAUGUUCCAUCUGAUGUGAGGGCUAGAAUAAAGAGGGAGCGCUACCUGGUCCAGGAGUACCUUCAUAACUACGAAGUGGAGAAACUGAAAAUCCAGCUUAGCCAAAACAGCCAAAAUGACUGUACCUGCACACCCAUGAUCUAUCCUUCCUUACCCACCCACGAAGUGCUGUCAGAGUGUCUCUAGCCCAGUGAGCCACCAGUGAUUCUGAUGGAGGGGAGGACAGGUUGAUGCAGGUUGCCCAGCUUGUGCAUUAUGAUACUGAUCACCACUUUGCUGUCACGUCUGUGUUGUUUGUGCUUCACACACAUUGCUGGUUUUACCUGAGAGCUGCACGUUUUGUCAGUAUACAGUAAUUACUGACAGUCUGCUGACUGUAGAAGUGGACAUGUGAAAAAGUCUUCAAGCAUGCUGAAAGUAUUUCCACUUGCCUCACUCUUUUGUCUCAUUUCAGGACUGACACAAUUCUGUUUUGUUGGGGGGCAAUCGGAAACGUGCUGAAACCACUGUGCAUAACCAAAGACUGUAUGCCUUAACCGACCAGCUGGCAUGUUUGUGGUUUGAGAAUAUUAUUUGAAAACAAAGUGCCGAUUUAUCAAAAACAAAGAGUGCCCAAAUCACAUUUCAGUUUACCUCGGUCUCAU